AUGUUACCAAAAACACACUAUCUUGGAGAUUGCUCUCCACAGGAUUUGGCUAGGCAGUUCUAUGCAAUUCUUGCGUAUGGACCACCCGAUGAACGCAAAAUGAAGACAGUCGAAGUCUUGGAGCACACUGUGAAGUCUCCAAUUUAUGAAGAUUGGAUUAAUGUGCAAGCAAUGAAUAUUUACGACUCGGGCAAAGCAUUUAUUCUACAGAUGGUUCAUUAA